AUGGAAGGACCGAAACUGGAUGUAGAUGUCCCCGACGUUGAGCUCGAAUGUCCAGAUGGAAAAUUGAAAGGCCCGAAGUUCAAGAUGCCUGAUAUGCAUUUUAAGGCACCUAAAAUCUCCAUGCCAGAUAUGAACCUAAACUUGAAAGGUCCGAAGGUUAAAGGUGAUGUGGAUGUUUCUGUCCCCAAAAUAGAAGGGGAUCUGAAAGGCCCUGAGAUAGAUAUCAAAGGCCCCCAGAUUGAUGUUCCUGAUGUUGAACUGGAAGGUCCAGAUGGGAAGUGGAAGGGCCCCAAGUUUAAAAUGCCUGAAAUGAACAUCAAAGCUCCCAAAAUCUCCAUGCCAGAUGUUGACUUCAACCUGAAGGGCCCGAAAUUGAAAGGAGACAUGGAUGUUGAUGUAUCUGUCCCCAAGAUAAGUGGUGAUGUGACAGGACCAAGUGUUGAUGUAAAAGGCCCCAACUUGGACAUUGGGGUACCUGAUGUUGAGUUGGAAUGUCCAGAAGCAAAACUUAAAGGUCCUAAGUUCAAGAUGCCUGAAAUGCACUUCAAGGCCCCCAAGAUCUCCAUGCCAGAUUUUGACCUGAACCUGAAGGGCCCCAAAGUGAAGGGAGACGUGGACGUCUCGGUGCCCAAGCUGGAAGGGGAUCUGAAGGGCCCUGAUGUGGACAUCAAAGGACCGAAACUGGAUGUAGAUAUCCCCGACGUUGAGCUCGAAGGUCCAGAAGGGAAGUGGAAAGGGCCCAAGUUCAAGAUGCCUGAGAUGCACAUCAAGGCACCCAAAAUCUCCAUGCCUGAUGUAGAUCUCAAUUUGAAAGGCCCACAGAUGAAAGGUGACCUAAACAUUUCUGGACCAAAGCUGGAAGGGGACUUGAAAGGGCCUGAAAUUGACCUCAAAGGCCCUAAAUUGGACAUCGAUGCUCCUGAUAUUGACAUUCAUGGUCCAGAUGGAAAACUGAAAUUCCCCAAGAUGAGACUACCAAAAUUUGGCAUGCCUGGAGUCAAAGGAGAGGCACCUCAGGUAGAUGUGAAUCUACCCAAAGGAGAAUUAGAAUUCGCUGGUCCUUCAGUUAACCUCGAAGGACCCAGCGUGGCUGUUGAAGGGCAUCUGAAGGGACCCAGUGUCAAGAUGCCGGAAAUGCAUUUCCGAACCCCUCAGAUCUCCAUGCCAGAGAUAGACUUAAAUCUGAAAGGACACCGCAUGAAGGGUGAAGUUGAUGUCUCCGUUCCCAAGAUUGAAGGUGAUUUAAAAGGUCCAGGAAUUGAACUGAAAGGUUCUGAUAUUGAUUUGGAAUGUCCAGAUCUGAAUAUUGAAGGGCCAGAAGGCAAUGUUAAACUUCCCAAAUUUAAAAUGCCAAAAUUUGGGUUUGGAGCCAAAAGCCCGAAAGCAGAUGUAAAAUCUCCCACCUUGGACGUUUCUCUUCCAGAAGGUGAACUGAACGUCGAGUCACCGGACAUUGCCAUUUCUGGUAAAGGAAAGAAAAGCAAAUUUAAGAUGCCCAAACUGCACAUGAGCGGGCCGAAAAUUAAAGGCAAGAAGGGUGCAUUUGAUGUGAGCGGAGAGAUGGAGGCCGGUGUAAGAUCACCUGAUUUAGAAGGAAGCAUCUCCGUCCCUGACGCCUCUCUGAAAGGGGACGUCAGCCUCAAGUCACCCAAGGGAAAGAAACCCGUGUUUGGGAAAAUCUCUUUUCCCGAUGUUGAGUUUGAUAUAAAGUCACCGAAGUUCAAGGCCGAUGCUUCUUUGCCCAAGGUGGAAGGAGAGAUCAAAGCACCAGGGCUUGAUGUUACUGUUCCCAGCGGAAGCGCCAGUCUCCCCGAUGUCAACGUUGAAGGACCCGACAUCAGCCUUAAACAACCUAAGUUCAAACUCUCAAGUGGAAACGUUGGUGUGGCCGGGCCCAAACUGGAAGGGGAUCUGAAGGUGCCCGGCUUCGAUGCAAAUGUUAGUGCUCCAGACAUAUGCCUGAAAGGUCCCUCCGUUAAUCUACCAUCCAUGGAUGUUUCUGCUCCUUCCGUCUCUGCUCCUGACCUUGACAUCAACUUGAAAGGACCAAAGCUAAAGAGCGACGUUGAUCUUCCCAAAGCUGAGCUGCAUGGCCCAGAAGGGAAAGUCAAAUUCCCAAAAUUCAGUUUGCCAAAAAUUGGGAAGUCAGGCAUGAAACUGGAGGGGCCAGAGGUGGACCUUCAAGGAAAAGUGCCGUCUGCAGAUAUCAACGUUUUGGGCCCAAGUAUUGAAGGAGGUGCGAGUGUUCCAGCAGUGGAUGUGAGCUUGAAAGGACCAAAAUUGGAAGGAGGCUUGGGCCUUUCUGGUGAUGUCAAAGGUCCAAAGAUUGGACUUGGCACGCCAGAUGUUGGCCUUGGCAGUUUUGAAGGAAAGCUUAAAAUGCCAAAGUCCCCUGGCCUAGAUGUUGAUGUGAGCGCCCCAGACCUAAAUGUGAAAGGGUCACCAGUGAAAAUGACCUCUGGGGCAGGCAUUUCCGCACCUGAGUUUGAUGUGAACCUGAAAGGAUCAAAGAUCAAAGGAGAUCUCGGGAUUUCUGGUGGCAUGUCAUCUCCCAGCGUUGCGGUCGAGGCACCAAACGUUAACUUAGAUGGUUCUGGAGGUGGAAUUAAACUUCCUUGCAUGAAACUUCCCCAGUUUGGCAUCUCCGUCCCUCAAGAUGAAGGUGUGAGUAUUUCAGGACCACAGAUCAAAGGAGAUCUUGGGAUAUCUGGUGGCAUGUCUUCUCCCAAGGUGGCUGUUGAGGCACCCAAAGUUAACUUGGAAGGUUCUGGAGGUGGGAUUAAACUUCCUUCCAUGAAGCUUCCUCAGUUUGGCAUCUCCGGCUCUCAGGGCGAAGGCAUCAGUAUUUCAGGACCUGAAGCAGAUUUCAAAGGGCCCCACAUUUCUACCCCAGACAUUGACUUGAAUGUGAAAGGACCAAGUUUGAAGGGUGACACUCGUGUUGCUGGCGACCUGAAAGGUCCACAGAUUGGAGUAGGGCUACCAGGUGUGAACAUUUCUGGCAUGGGCUUGGACACUAGAGUUCCUGACGUUAGCUUAAGAGGGCCUUCUCUCAAUGUGUCAGCUCCCAAAGCUUCUGGACCAGACCUCAACAUCGCUCUGAAAGGGACUACAGUCAAAGGAGAUUUUGAUAUUUCUAGAGAUGUCAAAUCUCCAGAGCUAAGUGUUGGUAUCCAAGGGGAAGGGGGCCUUAAGUUUUCUGGACCAAAGGCAGGGGGUGAUCUCAAAGGACCCAAAUUAGAACUCAAGGGUCCUUCCAUGGGGGUGAAUGUUCCACAAGGCCAUUUAGAAGGCCCAUCUGGCAAAGUAUCUUUCCCCAAGAUGAAAAUACCAAAGUUUGUGGCAUCAGGGCAAGAGCUAACAGGAAGGGAGGUUGGAGUUGACGUUGAUUUCCCCCAGGCACCAGAAGCGAGCUUCCACGGUGGGGCAGUGAAUGUUGAACUGGAAGAACCUGACAUUAAGCUUAAGAAAUCUAAAAUUAAAAUGCCAAAGUUUGCUUUCUCAAAACCUAAGGCCAAAGGCAGUGUUGGUUCCCCAGAAGUCUCUGCGUCUGUUUCGGGAUGUGAAGGAGAGCUGAAGGCAAGUCUAGGUUCCUUGGAGGGAGAUCUGGAAGUGGGCGAAGGAUCCGCCUCUCCAAAGGGGAAGUUCUCCUUCUUUAAGACCAAAAAGUCACGGCACCGCUCCUCGUCCUUCAGCGACGAGCACUCCUCGCACUCCACGCCGACCGGCACGCUGGAGUACGAAGGAGACAAGGGCAAACAGGCCAAGCUGAAAUUUGGUACCUUUGGAGGGAUCGGGUCGAAAACUAAAGGUUCUUACGAGGUGACAGGAAGUGAUGAUGAGGCGGGGAAGGCGAAGGGUAGCGGGGCCUCGCUGGCGUCGAAGCAGUCCCGGCUGUCUUCCUCCUCGAGCAACGACAGCGGGACGAAAGCCGGCUUCCGAGUGCCGGCCGUUGAGUUGACCGUGGCGAAGAAGAAGGAAUAAAACGCAAGCUUCUCGUGUACAUAUUGUCUCUGUAUAUAUUUCUCUCCAUUCUGUGCGUGUGUAUAUAAACCAUCUAGCUUGAAAUACUCAGCAAUAAAACAGGUGAAGCCUCGUCGAGUGUUAGACCUUAACCCCAAAUGGCUAAUGUUCUACAGUGAUCAGGGAUGUGUCCCCGUGACAAGUUUUUAUCUUCCAUAUAGAUAUAAACAUAUAUUGGACAGAAACUGGUACAGCGGCUUUUUGGGUCACAAUUCUCAAGCAAUGACGUGGUGGCGAGAGCCAGGUCAUGCCAUGCUGCAGCAGACAGGAAGAAUUAAAAGCAGCCGCCCCUGCCAGUCGAGAAAGCUGCUUGGUAAAUUAGCUGUAUCAGUUUGAAUUAAUCAAUCUCCUUUGUGCCAGGAAUUGCUGAGAAUGGCACCUCUAUUGACUACCAAUGAAAGAAAAGCCUGGAUUUUAUGUGAUAUUUAAAGUUGUGCCAUGUGGAAGAUGGGUGUACAGUUCCUCAAAGUUUUAUCUUGCAUUCAGGCUUAAGGGUUAUGCUUUGUAUGCCGAGAGCUUCGCGUUCACUUAACCGGGCUUUAAAAUAUAUAUAAAUUUAUAUAUAAUUUUCAAUUUGCUGAAUAUCUUCAGUAUUGAUCUAUGAAAAUGUGUCCAUUUUAAUUACUUUUUUCCUUUUAUCUGCAAAGGGGGCUAAAAUUUUUAUCAAUUUUACAAGUGGAUCUAUUAAAAAACACUGUAAAAUAUAUAGAUGCAACUGAGCUGUGUCAAAUUUGGUGUUUCACCCAAGAAAAUUACACUACUACAAAAGAAACAAAAGCAAAUGUCAUAUUAACCCAGCAAGAGUCAGAGAAAAACAUGUAUUAAAGCACCCUCAAUUUAAUUUAACUUUUGUUUGGUUAAAGGUUGUCAUUUUAAAAUAAAUUAACUGAAAAUUAACUUACAUGCCCAUUCUGGCAUCAUCUUAGUUGUGUCUGUAUAUUUAUUUUUGUAUCCUAAGGCAGAAGUUCUCUUAAGAUGCAAAUUCUAUGCAAGUUUAGAUGGGAAAAGCCCCUUUUUCCUGUCUGAACAUGUGUCAGAGUUGCCCAUUAGUUGUUUGUUUCUUCCCACAGAUGCUACUGGUUAUCUUUUUUGUUGCUGUUAACAAAUAUAUCUUGAUUUUAAAUGCAACAGAAGCAAAAUAAUAAAAGGAAACCUCUGUCAGCACUUUAACGGCAAAUUAAUUGAGAAUGUAUGGAGACUGAUCUUGUAAAAUGCAAAUAAACUGUUUAUUAGUCUUUUGAA